AUACGUUUUUACGCAAACACAAUAGUAUACGUAACUGCGGUAUAGCAAGUGCGCCUAUAAUCCUAUUUAACCACUGCGCAAACCCACAGAUCUGCCGAUCGCCGGAUCAGGACAAAGCAGUGGUCGCAACUAGUCUUCCAGGAACGCUUGCUAACUUCAGCGGCUGGAUAGCCAUCUUCGUGAAUCCCGGACGAUCAUGAUGUACCUAAAGGUUGCACUGAUCCAGGUACUUGUUCUCUUAUUUUCCGGAAUAGAGCACCUCGUGCAUGCUCAUCCCAAUGAACAUCCUGAACCGGAUGCGUCCCUGUCCUUCGCGCAACAUGCCUUUCGGCAGCUAGCGAAGCGAUCCGUGCUGAGUUGUCUGGAUAGUACAGCAUCACGAAUUCUUCAGAAGCGCGCCAUCGUUCGCCGGCAAGCGCUGUUUGAAUCGUUGCGCGCGGAACACCUGCUAAGUCGCAGUGUACGAGAUACCGCCAAAGUGCUGGCCACCAAUCAUCGAUUAAACGAGAACAGUAAUCCCUUCGGCAGUAAUGUCUCCUGUUCAUUGACCCCCGAAGUGGAAGUGGGGCCGUACUGGGUCAGCGGUGAAUUCAUUCGGAAGGAUAUCCGGGAAACCCAGAAGGGAGUCACAUUGUACCUCGACAUACAAGUCAUCGAUACGAAGACGUGCAAACCGAUGCCCAAUGUGUUUGUUGAUAUAUGGCAUGCCAAUGCCACCGGCGUCUAUGGCGGGGUUGUGGCGAAAGACAACGGAAACAAGGCGGAUCUCAAAAACAUAAACACAACAUUCUUGCGUGGACUGCAGCCCACCAACCGCGACGGUUUUACCCAGUUCAUCACCAUCGUCCCAGGUCAUUAUCCCGGUCGCACUAACCACAUCCACACCAUCGUCCAUCUCAACGGCACCGUUCUGCCUAAUAACACGUACGCCGGUGGGAAGGUUCCGCACAUCGGGAACAUCCUCUUCGACCAGGCCCUUCUCACCUCGGUCCACGCCACAACCGCGUACAAGCAGAACAACGUCCCCAUCACCCUUAACUCUCAGGAUCUGACUUUCGCCGCUGAAUCGGCCAGUGCCAGCGACCCCGUGAUGAAUUACGCUCUGCUGGGGAGUACCGUCGAGGACGGCUUACUGGGAUGGGUGACAAUGGGUUUGGAUUCCACCGCCGACCAAGGGAGCUUGGCCAGUGCACGAAAUAUCUUGACGGCGAAAGGAAGUGUGGAUAACCCGAAUUUUACUGGAGGAUUACCAGCAUGGGCUAAUGCUGUUACUAACCCACCUUCUUGUAUGAAUAAACCACCCCCCGCAAUUCAACCAUUUUAGGUGCAAGAUUUUAAGAAUUCUUACAGUUUUUUGUUAUUUUGUUAUAAUGUGUAAUCGAUGACUGUGCAAUAUUAAUGCGCCGACAAUUUAUUAUAUAUACUUCGAAUUGUUCGUCGAUUACAUGCGUGUGCAUAGCAGUACGGGUCUUUUUAACCAUUAUGAUUAAUUUUACGAGAUCGAUUUGUACCACUGAGUUUGUGAAGGUCAUC